UUUUGUCCGAGAACUAUCGAGAAGCGGUAAACGCCGUCCAUGUGAAGAAACCCGAUCCGAUAGAAAUAUAUUUUUGAAGUGAAAAAAUGGCCUCAUCGUUAGUGAGCUAUCCCAGUCAUUAAACAUCGAACCAAGAGUGUGUACCGAGCUGUACCAGGCCCACGCAGAUACCGGAGUGCGUGUACGGUGCAAAGGAUUAAGUACAGCAGCACCGAGUGUCCUUAAUGAGUGGCUCCAUCAAGCUGGUGUGGUGAUGUGUUGAAUGAUUAAGACUCGUCAAGCCGCAAGAACGCGGCCAAGUGAAAUUAUUGAAGUGAAAUAUUUAAAAGUUGUGAGUUCCUUAAGAUAAGCGCCGACCAGUGCUGUUGUUGAUCGAAGCGUGAAAGCGAAAGCAAGAUGAGUGAUACCGGCAGUGAGUGUGAAAGUUCUAGCUCUCGGGCUCUCGAUAGCCCAAUCGAAACGGUCGUUCAGAAUGCCAUCAACGGUCAUGGUAAGCGAGUGUGUGCUGUUGGGGCGGUUAGAGUUUCGCGGAAUGGUUAUGAUAGCAUGGUAGAGCAUGUGUACUUGGAGGAAACGUUAAAAGGCACCGAUUUUUCUUCCACUUUUCCACUUCCAGUUCAACGGGAGUACCGCGUGGAGAUGGUGAAAGAUAUGGCAAUAGAGAAUAUGAAGCAAAAGAUGCAUCACAUUGUCAACCGCAUGAGUAGAGAUGUGGAGAAAGAGAUGGACCUAGCGGUGGAUGAUCUGUUCACCGAGGUGAAACAGCUAAAUCUGAAGAACUACGAAAUUCCACAUCUACUCAAUGACAAAGCGAUUAACGGAACGGGCAAGGAUGGGCAUCACAUAACAGCCCGCACGGACGGAAAACUGCCGGAUAAGACAUUUAGCCCACGAAAUUCGUUGCUGACGGACCUACUCGAGGCGAAACACAUCAAAACGAUCUACCACAUAUUCGUUGUGAUGCUGAUCAUUCUGUUCCUAAAUACGCUUAUUCACGAUUUUGUGGACACGGGCAGCAUCAAUCUGGGUCUGCGACCGAUCGUCGCUGGGUUCGGCAGGUUCCACCUCGCCAUGAUGCUGUGGUGUUGUAUGCAAACGUCCACCUUCCUGGUGUUUCCCUGCUUCCGGAUAUGGGCCUCAGCUUACAGGAAGUUGACACCAGAUUCCUGCGCCCGAAAGUGCUGUGGCUGGGCUGGAUUCUUUGCGUUCUUCACAUACCAAUGGGUGUUCUUUCUGACCUCGGUUGCGGGACUACUGUGGGCAGACCUUCCGCCGGCCAGUGCUGUGGCCUACCUGAUGGAAAUGACCCGCUUCCUGAUGAAGUCGCACGCCUUCAUCCGAAGUAACACACCCAAGGUACUGACUGCCGAUGAGAACGGUGGCGAAUUGGAAUCGAACCCUCCAGGCAUCUAUCGCACUCUACCAUCAUUUUCAACAUACGUCUACUUCCUGUUUGUACCCACCUUAAUCUACCGCGAUGAGUAUCCCCGCACGAGGCAAAUCCGAUGGCGCGUGGUUGCCCGGCACUCCCUCGAGGUGCUCGCCGUCGUGUUCUACAUCAGCUUCAUCCUUGAACGGUUCCUCACGCCAAUGUUUGAGAACUUUGGGAAGGCCGAAAUCAGUCCCGGCACCUUUGUUCUCACGAUCUUCAGCAGCAUGCUGCCCGGAACACUGUUUGUACUUACUUUCUUCUACAGUUCGCUACACGCUUGCAUGAACGUAGCGGCCGAGCUGACACGUUUUGCCGACCGGAUGUUCUACCGCGACUGGUGGAAUGAGUCCACGUUCGCCGGGUACAUCCGCUCGUGGAACGUGGUGGUGCACGAUUGGCUCUACACGUACGUGUACAAGGAUUUCAUGGAAUAUGUGUUUUGCAACUGUCGUCCGCUGGCUAUGGUGGGCGUUUUUACUGUGUCGGCUGUGUUUCACGAAAUCAUACUAUCGUUCACGUUCCGCUUCUUCUAUCCGGUGAUGUUUGUGCAGUUCGAGUUUAUGGGCCUGCUGCUGCUGUUUGUCACCAAGCACAUGGGUAAGGAUGUGGGAAAUUUGCUGCUUUGGUUUUCGCUUGGGAUUGGGAAUGGAAUAAACAUGAGCCUGUACAAUAUGGAGUACUACGCACGGCUGAACUGUCCCGAUGUUGGCAGUUCGAUCCUGGACUACAUGGUGCCCGUCUCGUGGACCUGCAACGGUAUAACGCACAACACAAACUGGACCAUUACGGCACCUUGGGAACUGCUGUAAAGGGGAACCACCGGAUGGUGUGGAAAAGACUGAAAUAGAUGUAAAUAUAGCGGGAGGAUCAAGAGACAUGUAUGGUGGAACAUGCACGCAUGAACGUGUUUUUGGAAUGAAAUAAAGGUUGCAAACACCAAACCAAUACAAUAAAGGUACUUACAGUACAAAAA